AUGGCUGCAUUGGUGGGAAAGUGCUGCUGGGAGGGGGUGGUAGGUUAUAAAAGUCCCAGAAAAGGAAAACCUCAGGCGAUCACGGCCUCCAGCCUUAUCACAAAGGGCACGCUUGUCCAGGGCGGCUCAGGGGUCCUGAGUGAGCAGCGGGUGGGGCUUGGAGUGAUCCACGGGAUCCCUAGUGCCUCGGGGGACACGGAAGCCAGGGGCGGCCUGCCCCGAAAGGAGUGUGUGGCCUUUGGACCUCGUGCUUCCCAGGUGUCAGCCAGCCAGGCUGCAGAUCCGCACUUUGUGAGAGCCGCAAGCCGUCAGCCCGCCAUGUAUGUGUGCGUGCCUGUGUAUGUAGCCCCCGCCUCGGCUCCGUGCGGUUUGAACGCAUCUGCAGAGUCAGAGCCGGACACCCUGUCCUCGGCCUCGGUGAGCAGGGCUGCGCCCUCUGGUGGCGGCUGGCGGCGCUGCAGGCCCUCAGCACCGCGGGGCGAGGAGCGAGGACCCGCCCCUCACUUCCUCUCCGGGCUCCAGUGCUGGGAAGGGUCCUUCCUUCUCACGCCAGUCUCUGGUCUCUGGUCUCUACGCGAGAAAGCUACCCAGUUCAGCUGGAUCUGA